GCUGCUGCACUCACCGGAUCGCGGAGAGUGUGAGACACGGUUUUAAAAGAAGAAGAAGAAGAAGACGAAAAAUACACCGGCGUGGAGAUGUUGGCGAGCGGAUUCGGAGCCACCGAGCGGACCGGUAGACACGUCUGACCUCCCCUCGACACUUUAUUUUUUUUCUCCACCGAGCAGCGGCGAAACACGAGGGAAGACGUGCAGUUUAUUUACGCACCGGCCAACGCAGCAUGUCCCGGGCGGACUAGAGAGACAGAGAGAGAGGCGACCCUGCUGGAGCGCAACGCGCACGCGGAACGGCGCUGAGAGCCCCACUAGGAAUAUUUACAAUAGGAGACUCAGUUCGCUUGUGAAGAAGAAUAGCAAAGGUUGGAGAGGAGGAGGAGCGAAAGAUAACACUGUGGAAUGAAGUGGACCUCGGGAUUCCCGGCGUGCUGCGGAGUUGUGACUGAUGGAUGAAUGUGGCCAUCUGUAGGCUAAAUACGGCGACAGGUACAGACACCAUCGGGAGGGGAGACGCUCUGACAAAGACGCGGCGCAGCGCUUCAUCGGCAGCCGCAUCGCUAAACUGUGUCUCCAAAUAAAUAACACAAAACUGUGCGAGUGGUUGGAUCUGUCUCAUCGCACAUGAGAUCGCAUCGUUGACGACUUGUCUCGACGCGUAAGAAGGUCGCGAAGAGCUGUUUUUUGUGUCUCAGCCACAGGUCAACCAGGACACUCAGCGGGCUGCUCGCCUCCCAGAUCCGAUCGAGAACCCGGGUGGGAGGGGGGGGGGGAAGCUCCGUCGCACGUCCCUGCGGUCAGUUCGGACAAGGACAUCCGAGAGGGGAUCUGGAGCAGAUUUUUAAAAAAUAAAUAAAAAAAGGAGAAUAAAAAGGUCGGACAGAAGGACAUGUAUCUGAUAACGACCUCACAUGCUCCCGACUGAUCGCUGCUCACCUUCCCACCGGGCGAACCACAGAUAGAAAAGGCUGCCAAAGGCGCACCGCAGUCCGACGCUCUGAGAUCCUCUGCUCGCUUGUCCGCGUACACACACACACACACACACACACACACCGAUCAGAAUGGCGGGACUCGGUUGUUGGAAGUAUUACCUCUGGAUCUUUAUUUUAACGUGCAGGUCGGCGUUAACCUCGGCCAAGUCGAUGGAGACUAUAAUCUGGGGCUCGCAGAAUUCCAAGUUCGUGGCUGGACAGGGCCUUGUGAUCUACCCAGACAUAGGGGACAAGCUGGACAUCAUCUGUCCCAAAGGGGACCAAGGCCGAGAGUACGAGUUCUACAAGCUGUACCUGGUGAAGAGGGAGCAGGCGGAGAGCUGCAGCACAGUCCUCGAUCCGAAUGUCCUGGUCAACUGUAACAAGCCCGAGAAGGACAUCAAGUUCACCAUCAAAUUCCAGGAGUUCAGCCCCAACUACAUGGGCCUGGAGUUCAAGAGGAACGUCAACUACUACAUCACCUCAACCUCCAACGGCACCGUCGACGGCCUGGAGAACCGGGAGGGAGGCGUGUGCAAGAGCCGAGCCAUGAAAGUCAUCAUGAAAGUCGGGCAAGUCCCAAACGCAGCGAACCCCGUGGCGCCGGACGCUACAGAGAACAACGCCAUACCGGAGUCCAGUCCCAGUCCGCCUGACCUGGGUCGGACCGGGCCCGAGGUGCCAAGAAACCCUGACCCCAUGAAUCAGGACCCAUCUGGAAACUCUGGAAACUCGGACGGCAUCCUCAACUCCAAGGUGGCCGUGUUCUCCGCCAUCGGGGCCGGCUGCAUCAUCUUCCUCGUGCUCAUCCUCCUCCUCGUCAUCCUGCUCAUCAAGAUGCGCAAGCGCACCAGGAAAAACGUCCACUCGCAGCCCCGCCCCUCGGGGCUGUCUCUCAGCACGCUGUCCAAUCCCAAGAUGCCCGGGGGCACGGCUGGCACGGAGCCCAGUGACAUCAUCAUUCCGCUGCGGACAGAGAACAACUACUGCCCUCACUAUGAGAAGGUGAGCGGCGACUAUGGCCACCCCGUCUACAUUGUCCAGGAGAUGCCCCCGCAGAGCCCCGCCAACAUCUACUACAAAGUCUGACGCGCUCGGCCGUGCACAGCCAGCGACACGGUCGGGAGGGAGAGAGGAGCGCUUGAUUUAUGUCCUUGGGAAGAACACUUUCCUUUGCAUUUUGGGGGACUUGAUGCAUCUUCAAGCCCAGUAUUAUUUCUACCACCUGCUGCACAAAUCUGGAGAGACGAGCGCUGACCAGUAACCAGCAGGGGUUUGUGAGCUGACUGAUGGGAGAGGUUUAUUCUGUUUGUUUGGGUUGUCUGACAAUCCCCACCCGCCCCUCCUCCCCCUCCCCCUCCUCCCCCUCACCUCCACACCUGCUACAUCUCCCCACUGUGCUCCGACGGGGGGGGGGGGGGAGAGCGAACCAACAGAUGGAACUCCAGCUUCCUGGUUUUGCUGUCCCCUUUAACGGGCAGGAUAUAACUUAUCUCAGUUCCCUGAAGUACAGUCUGUGGUCCACCCAAUUAAACACACCAUCCCAGCACACAAGCCAGGGACAGGCAGACACAGGCCCCGGACGCCACUCAGCCUGCAGUUUGUGUGCAAGCAUUACACGUGUGGAUGUGUGCGUGUCUGUGUGCGUGUGUGUUAGUCAGGGCUCCGCGCUGAGCCAAGCAACUCUCCAGGUAGCUCAGGUAUCAGACACAGCGUGUGAAAAAUAACUUGUUCCUCUCCCGUUCGCACCUCUGAUGUUUGCCUUACUUACUAUUUUUGAUGGAGGAUUUCCUCGAACCCUGAUUCAGUUCACAAAGCAGUUGUAUUUUGUUAGACUUUUCCUACAAGUGCACAAUGUAUAGAGUUGAAUAGAUCAUCAUUAUCACUCCAUGUUCUUCUCACCACCCAUGUCAUCCAUCACAUUCAUUUUGUCCAAAAUUUUUUUUUUUCCCCUUUUUUUUUUUUUACCUGAGAAUGUACCUUGACCCGGACUCUUGACAUUGAGGUGUGUGUGUGUGUGUGUGUGUGUGUGUGUGUGUGUGUGUGUGUGUGCGCGCGUGCGCGUGUGUGUCUGGGCAUGUCCGGACCAGUCCCGUAUCUGGGCAGACUUACUGGCUUAGGGGUAGAACAUUAAGUUACUUUAUGGUAAGGUUGAAGAACAAGACAGACAGACAGACAGACAGACGCACCGACAAACAGACAGACAAGCCCAAGAUCUUAGAAAAACCCUCUCAUUGCUCCUGUUGGCACCGACUGAAGGUUUUAUUGUCUCUGAUGAGCUUUUUGGGGGGGGGGGAUGUUUUUUUUUUUUUUAAGACAGCAGGCAGAUUGAUAUUUGUUUGUUCUGGCUUCUGGUGCUCCAGUGUAAGCAUCAAACAGUUCGUGUGGUGCCUGCCGCCUGGGCGAGGUGGGCGUGGGUUUGAGGUGGCCGCCACCGAUUGGCUGGCCUACAUAGGUAGGAUGCCCCAUAUAUGAGUUGGAUGGCGGGCCGCGGCUGAACGUUGGGACAUACAGUAUCGCCGGACGCCAAUUGGCCGCCAUCUGUGGGAUGAGUCAGUGGAGUGCGCAGUGAGUGGUGUCGCCAGCAUGUGACUAAUCUAUGUGCCAUCUCCGUGCCCACACUCGCCAGCCGGGGAGGAGAGAGAGAGAUAGGAUGAGGGAGAAAAUGUUCCUGUGACUUGGCUUUUUACCUUCGAGGAAGAUGGCGGGUGGUGGGUGGGGGCGGGGGUAGUUUAGCAUUCGUUUUCCCAUCCUCUCGCCAGUUGUGCUGUGAAUAAAAAAUGCUGUGCAGAAUAUUCCUCAGUCAAGGUGUUCAGCCAGAGAGGACACUGCAGCUCAGCUAUCACACAGCCCAGGGCAGCCGGCACCGAGACAGGAUUUACUGCAGCCGGAUGUGUGCACACACGUGCACACUGACGCUCGCUUUUAGGUGAGGUGAGGGAGGAGGGGGGGUGGAUGAGCUCUCUGUGUGCACAUGCAGGUGCUUCUAAGUGUGAGUGCUUAUUUGUGCUUAUAUUUGCAGUUUUUUUGUUUGUUUUUUGCUCCCUCCACGUGUUGUGUGUAUGAAUGCUCUCCGUGGUCGAUCAGCUGACUUGUUUUUCGAGGUACUGGAACUAGGUGCUCCCAAAUGGUGCGGCUGCCAAAAAGUACAGAGCGCCGCAGUCCCAGUUAAUGAUGUGUGAGAGGAGAGGGGGAGCAGAUAAGGACAGCUAUUCCUCAGCGCGCAAGACGCGAGCUGACGUUUCGGCGCGCUCGUGCGCACAGACACACCGAGACUGACGGGUCCAGGUUUAUCUCCAGUCGGAAAAGGGGUCAGGCCGCCUGGUGAAUGUUUAUUCACCGGCAGAGACACCCAUCAUCUGCUGCCACAUACUAUUGCCAUCCACACACACACACACACACCGCUGAGUUAAAAGGCAGCCCCAGCUUGGAGACUCGGUGGGAGGGGGGGGGGUGACUUCAGUAGUGUUUGCGUGUCGUUAACCUCAAAGUUAACAACCUAAACAGCUGCUCGUGCUUUUGCGGCCCUGUGUUUUAGCUCAGCAUGCAGCCCUCAGUGGCCCUCUGUGAAACGCAUUUAAAUCAAAUAUUUUUGUUUCGGAUCGGUGCGCAUCCAUUCACCUGCGCCAGCCGAGGGAGUCAUUAUCAAAUUACCACCCACCAUAUCUCAUUUUUAUUCAUUCUAGUCACCACUUUAAAUGUUUGGGUUUUUUUUUUUUUUGUGAGAGAAAAAAAAAAAGAAAAUUAAAAGGAGAUUACAGAGUAAUGUAAAUAUAUGGAUAGAGCCCAAUUUAAGAUGUAACUUCACCUGAACACUGCUCAUAAGAAGAAUUUAAGAUUAGAUUUUUGUAAUGGAGGAUGUUUGUAAAUAGCUGUCUUUUUAAAAGUGUGUUUUGUAUGAAUCCUUGCAUUUUUUUUGUCUCUGUUCGCAAUAUGUUUUUAUUUUAUGUUUCUUCUAGAGUUAAACUGAAUAUUGCAACGGACCCAUGAGCUGGCUUCUUUUUUUUUUUUUUUUUUUUGCAGCGUCCAGUAUUGUCAAAAAGUCUUUGUUAACACACGUGUUUAAACAACAACAGCAGCAAAAGCUGGGGUUCAGAGUUUUUACAUCGCCAUUCAACAGGAUUCUAGUUGCUCAUAAAACUGUUCAGGACUAAAGCUUUGCCACCAAGCGAAGCUUUGAAACGGAUAGAUCAUUGAAGCUAUGAAUGAUGAGGCACCCAUCCCUGUUGGAGACAGCACUUAACUCUGCAUAUGAAGACUGUGUAAUUCCACUGUUCCACUGCCUUUGAGUUACCCACACCUUCCACUCCAUUAUUAGAUGUAACAAAAACAUUUUGGUCCAGGGAGAUUAAUCUUUUCUCAGUUUUAAUAAGACCAUCGGGCUAGACGGAGGGGGAGACGGAGGAGAAAAAGGGGGCCACGAAUGAGAGUGUGACCGUUCUGCGCUCGCCAUAAAUCAUCCGGUUUACACCACUCAUUAUCUCCCAGGCGGUCUUUGUUUUAAAGUUGCUCUCUCCCUCCCUUCCCUAAAUCAGCACAAAGAUGUUGGUCGCUCAUGGUAUGAGCCUCACUGUAGGUUGAUUUCUGCUAUUGUUCAAAAGCCACAGUAUUAUUUUUUCAAUGUGCAUGUGUAAGCAAAAAACCUGUUGAAUUUGUUUCCCUUUGUUUGAAUCAUAACUGUCAAGUUGUGUUAUUUUCUUUCUUUCUUCUUUUUUUUUGCCAUUCACUUCUUUCGCCGCUUCUCAGCGUAACCUAUUGGCACCAGCUACAAUGGAAAUAACGUUCCACCAGUUUGGAAACUACCGCAUAUUGAUAAAUAAAAUUUUUCCCAUGGAA